UCGACAUUAAUCGCAUGUUGCCGUGAAAAGUACGAAUUGAUAAGCGGUCAGGAAGAGCAUUUAAUAGACCGCGGUAACUCGUUAACAACAUUGACUAGCGAUCGUUCGACAGAAAUACUCGUGUUUUUAACAAAGGUACCCGAAUAUUUUAUCCAGGUUCUGUAUAUACAGUGUGAAGACCGUGACGUAAUGACGAAAAUUAUAUUGAUCAGUGUAUUAUUAAUCCAACUUACGUGGUGCUAUGCAUACCCAGCGUCGCAAGGCGUAGGUGUCUACAGCUAUCAGGACACGGCAGGCAAUAGGUACGGUGGGACAUUCGAUCCAAGGGACACGUUCAUACCAUACAGUGAUCCCUUCGCAGUCCCAUUCAACGAUAUCGACUAUUUCUUUCCUGAUUACUUUAGGAAUUUUGAAAAUAUACUUCAACAGAUUUUUGGUUCUGAUAUAGAGAGUCAGAGACUAGCGUUACACGCUGCUAAUAAAGCGUUUGAUAUAACAUAUAACCAUGCUGGUUAUAAUCCCAAUUUCUUUAGGUUACCGCAAUUUACUGGAAGCCCAUUAUUUGGACCGGGCAGAUUCCGCGCUAAUAUGGAUAAUAAUGCGCAUCAAUCCGCAUUCGCCAGUGCUGUGGUCGCGCCAGGUUACAGGCGACAAAUUGCGGCCAUUGAUCCAAUCAACCCGGGUUUGCCGAACGUGGACGUAACAAACAGAGCCGCUGAAACUGAUCGUAGCAAUCCGAAUUUCGUUAGCGUUUCCAGUUCUUCAUACGCCUCGUCCGCUAAUAUCGAUGGGAAGGUAUCGGGCAUGCGAGGUUCGGAAACCGUCGUCAAUGAAAAUGGAAAGGUCACCAAAUACGAAGUUCACAGCUAAAGUUAAAGGUCCCUAAUACGCCGCAAUUGUUAAUUAUCUAUUUAUAAACUAAAUUUAGUUAUUUUAAUGGAUCAUAUAUUCAAAAUGACACGUGUCUUAUAAGGCUGUGAUUUGAUUUGCACAUAAUAUGUACUAUUCUACUAUGUAAAAUACAUUAUAUAGGUAUUUAUGUAAUAAUCACCGGUGAUUUUUCAAAUAUAAUAUGUUAAAUAAAUGAUUUGGCGUUGAUACAAAAAA